CGGUGCUCGGGGCCGGGAGCAACAUGGCGGCGUCCGUGAGGGGCGAGCUUUGAAAGGAUGGUGUUUGGUGUCGCUGUCUUGCGGGGUGUUGACAGGCUGGAGCUUUCAAAACGCGACCUCCCGAUUUUAGGAAGCGUGUACCAAUAGGUGGACAACUUUAGUGAUCGGCCGUCCGCUCUCAUCCCCAGUUAGGAGCAGAGACCUGAGCACGGACCAGUAUGAGCAACAUUUACAUCCAGGAGCCUCCCACGAACGGGAAGGUUUUAUUGAAAACUACAGCUGGAGAGAUUGAUAUAGAAUUGUGGCCAAAAGAGACUCCUAAAGCUUGCAGAAAUUUCAUUCAGCUUUGUUUGGAAGGAUAUUAUGACAACACCAUAUUUCAUAGGGUUGUACCUGGUUUUAUAGUCCAAGGGGGAGAUCCUACUGGCACAGGGACUGGUGGAGAGUCUGUCUAUGGAGCCCCGUUCAAGGAUGAAUUCCACUCACGGUUACGUUUUAAUCGGAGAGGACUGGUUGCCAUGGCAAAUGCUGGCCCUCAUGAUAAUGGCAGCCAGUUUUUCUUUACACUGGGUCGAGCAGAUGAACUUAACAAUAAGCACACCAUCUUUGGAAAGGUUACGGGGGAUACAAUAUAUAACAUGCUGCGACUGACAGAAGUAGACAUUGAUGAUGAAGACAGACCACAUAAUCCACACAAAAUAAAAAGCUGUGAGGUUUUGUUUAAUCCUUUUGAUGACAUCACUCCAAGAGAAACAAAAAGGCCAAAAAGAGACAAACCAGACGAGGAAGUAAAGAGAUUGAGACCCAAAGGCACAAAGAAUUUUAGUUUACUUUCAUUUGGAGAGGAAGCCGAGGAAGAAGAGGAGGAAGUAAAUCGAGUUAGUCAGAGCAUGAAGGGAAAAAGCAAGAGUAGUCAUGACUUGCUUAAGGAUGAUCCACAUCUCAGCUCUGUCCCAGCUGUUGAAAGUGAAAAGGGGGAUGCAGCAGGAGAUUUAAAUGAUGAUGCAGACUGUGAAGGUGCGGAGCAUGAGGAAUAUGCUGAUGGUGAUGAGAAGAACCUGAUGAGAGAGAGAAUUGCAAAGAAGUUGAAAAAGGACACAAGUGCAAAUGUUAAGUCAGCUGGAGAGGGUGAAGUGGGGAAGAAAUCAGUUAGCCGCAGUGAAGAGCUCAGAAAAGAAGCAAGACAGCUAAAGAGGGCACUCUUAGCAGCAAAACAAAAAAAAGUAGAAAAUGCAGCAAAACAAGCAGAAAAAGGAAGUGAAGAGGAAGUGGCCGCUCCAGAUGGUGCUGUUGCAGAAUACAGAAGAGAAAAGCAAAAGUAUGCAGCUUUGAAGAAGCAGCAGGCAAAGAAGGGAACUUCCCGGGAAGACCAGACACUUGCACUGCUGAACCAGUUUAAAUCUAAACUCACUCAAGCAAUUGCUGAAACUCCUGAAAAUGACAUUUCUGAAACAGAGGUAGAAGAUGAUGAAGGAUGGAUGUCACAUGUACUUCAGUUUGAGGAUAAAACGAGAAAAGUGAAAGACGCAAGCAUGCAAGACUCAGACACGUUUGAAAUCUACGAUCCUCGGAAUCCAGUGAAUAAAAGAAGACGGGAAGAAAGCAAAAAGCUGAUGAGAGAGAAAAAAGAAAGACGAUAAAAUGGAGUAAUGAUAACCAGAACUAGCUGGAAAUGCGCCUGUAAUAAAUGGCCUCCGAACAGCCGUUGUUCCCGACAGCAUCGCUUACGGGUGUGAAAAGGAGUAUUUUUGAACCUGUUGUCUGGUUUUGAAAAACUGUUAUCUUGUUAUGUAAACUGUGAAAUAAGUAAGCAAAUGCUUUUUGUUACUGGUACCUUUUCCCCCCUAAUUGACGUUUUACAUUGCUAAAUCGCAAAUAAAAUCCCUUUCCUUCCAGUUUACAUGUUAA